CAUUACGUUCCAAUUGACGGCGUCGAUUCAAUUCCGGACGCGGACUCGCCAAAAAAAGAAACUAAAAUGCAUAUAACUACUCAGCGUUCGCCCCUUUCGUCGUUCCCGUUCAUCCCCUCCUCCUCUUGUUCGCUGGGCCACGCCAGGAGGAAGGAGAGCUCGGCAGGCGAUUUCUAGGGCUUCGACUUUGCUCCUUCUCUGUUUUGUUUCUUUGUGUAUUCUAAAGGACCAAAAUGGUUGCACAGGAGUUCACAGUUGAUUUGAAUAAGCCUCUUGUUUUUCAGGUUGGUCAUCUAGGAGAAGCUUAUGAAGAAUGGGUUCACCAACCUAUAGUCAGUAAGGAAGGCCCACGUUUUUUUCAAAAUGAAAUUUUGGAGUUCUUAACACGAACAGUAUGGUGGGCGGUUCCAGUGAUAUGGCUGCCAGUUGUUUGUUGGUGUUUAGCCAUGUCUAUAGAAAGGGGAAUAACACUCCCUCAGUUAGCUUUGGUGGUAGCGACUGGAAUACUUCUAUGGACCUUGAUUGAGUACACUUUGCAUCGGUUCCUUUUCCACAUUAAAACUAAAAGCUAUAGGGGAAACACUCUGCAUUAUCUUAUGCAUGGUUGCCACCACAAACAUCCAAUGGAUGGGCUGCGGCUAGUAUUUCCCCCUGCUGCUACUGCUAUUUUAUGUAUACCAUUCUGGAAUCUUGCUAAAUUAAUCUCCAUUCCGACAAUAUCUCCUGCCUUAUUCGGAGGUGGGCUAUUGGGUUAUGUUAUGUAUGACUGCACUCACUACUACCUGCAUCAUGGACAACCUACCGUCGAGCCUGGUAAACACUUGAAGCGGUAUCAUCUGAAUCAUCACUUCAGGAUUCAAAACAAGGGCUUUGGAAUAACUUCUUCACUAUGGGACAUUAUCUUCGGUACAUUGCCCACACAAAAAUCACCUUCUAAGGCCACAUAGAUUCCAUUAGUAAUCUCACAGCUGGUGGUUUUAUUAUUUUUUUGUUUCCCAAGAUGAACUUGUCAUCAAUCUCUACGCAAGCUAGCUUUGCAUUCUUAUGGCAUUCGUGUACAUACUGUGCACUUUGAACUCUGUAUUCAGUUUGCUUGUGAGCAUUGGUAGUUGUAUUGAUCUUGAAUA